AUGUAUUUUGGCAUGAUGGUCACGCUUAAUGGUGACGGAGGCUACAACCUCGAUCAGGAGGAGGCGAUUGGUGAUCCCCUGCGUACCAAAGGACUUAUGGGUGCAAACUCGGUGCGCGCGUUGAUUGGUGACGACGGCUAUGAAGAGAAUCUUGACGGAGUAGAGAUGCUUGGAGCGUCGAACAAGCGGUCUGGCCCAACGAUACGCGAGUUCCAGUCACUCGUGGGCAGCUUGCUAUGGGUUGCGCGCUGCACAAAGCCCGACAUCGCCUUUGCAGUCCAUAAGGCUACGCGCCACACGCCAGACCCAGCACACGCGCCGCGCUUGCAUGAUUGGAUGCUUGCAAAGAGAAUCGUUCGGUAUGUGAAGGGCACAGUGAGCUUGAAGGUCACGAUGGCGCCGGCGCAAGGCCGUGACCAAAAAGUGUCUUGA